AUGGGGGAUCUUCAAACUUUAGUCGUGCUCAACUUGUCAAGUAAUAAAUUUACAGGACCCAUUCCACCAUCUUUAGGGAAUCUAAUUAAGCUUGAAUCCUUAGAUCUCUCAAAAAAUAAGCUUUCCGGUCAAAUCCCUCAGCAGUUUACUAGACUCACAUUUCUUGAAUAUUUGAACCUCUCUGAUAAUGAACUUGUGGAUCCAUUACCUCAAGCUGGACAAAUUGGUGUAUUUGAAAAUUCUUCCUUUGAGGGAAAUUGGGGAUUAUCUGGUUUUGGUUGGGAAGCUGUUGCAAUAGGAUAUGGAUGUGAACUCAUAAUUGGAUUGAUGUUCGGAUAUAUCGUCACAAUGAGGAACCCAUACUUGGUGUUCAAGAUUUUUCAUGUGAUCCCACCAAGGACACUAAGAGGAGUAAACAGUUGA